AUGAGCUGGGAGUGGUCUCAGGACGCGGAGCAGCUCCCAGUCCAAGCGAGCGACUCCCUCUGUCUGACAAUGGACAGCAGUGUCGUCGAUGGUCUCGAUCAAACUGAGCUUCUGGUCUUGGGUGGAUGCGACGCGGAAUUCCAGGAAGUGGCUGGUGACUGCAGCUCUAUUUCGAGCAGCACUCGCACCUACGAUCCGUUUCUGGAUGAGUUCAUCGAGAACCAAGAGAUGCCCACGGAACGCUUCCGAGCAGCCGCGGUAAAUGUCUCGGAGCACGUGUACCUGUUUGGCGGGCGGGAUGCGGCCGGAAACCUGACUUGCAACGUCGACCGGUACAGCGUAUUGACGGGGGAGUGGACGCAGCUGGACGUUAGCCAGGCGACCGACUGCUUUUCCGACCACUCCGGGGUGGCAAGCGACGACGGGACCAUCUACCUCUUCGGGGGGUACGAUCAGGACUACGUUGCUCAGACGACGGUGGUAAAGGUAGAGGUGUCGUCGGACGACACGAUGACCUUUUCCACCACGGAGGCCAUGACGAUCAAACGUGGAGACCACUCGUGCAUCAGGCUACCGGCAACGACUGAGGUGUUUUGCAUCGGCGGUUUCACGGAGGAGAACUGGGAAUACACGAUUUUGAGCAGCGUUGAACGCUUCGAUAUGGAGACGGAGCAGUGGGAAUCCAAGGCUUCCAUGGUCAUCCCUCGCGCGGACUUCGGGGCUGGCCUGGUCAACGGCCGCAUCACGGUCGUGGGAGGAGAGAAUGAUGAGCGCCAGCCCAUGGACGACGUUGAGUGGUACGACCCCUCAACCGACUGCUGGACCGACUCCGGGGAGCUGUUCGACCUCCCCUACAAGCGCCUGCGCUAUUGCGCCGCCACUGUGGAGACCGAUGGCCGCAUCUUCAUCUUCGGAGGACAAGCAGUCGACGAGACGGACAGCGAGGUCUACUCGAUUGAAGACACCGUCAACUGGUACCAGGAGGUGCUUGUGGACACACUAUCGACGAGCGCGGCGUCAUCAUCACGCUUCAUGACUACGACAGCAGCAGCAGCAGCAGGCUUUGCGCCCGCCGCCGCGGCUGUUGUCGUCACCACCCUGGUCGUAGCCCUCCGCCUGGGCUAGUAAGGUACGUAGGUAGGUAGGUGGGUAGGUAGGCGGGAAGAGAAAUCCCCUCUUUGGUUGAUCCGUAUUUUCUUUGUGGGCGGGAGGCGGGAGGGGAUGGCGUCUUUUGGGUGGCGUCGGCCUGUGCCUGGCAUCGCGGCUGAGGACUUGACGUGCUCUACCGUGCUUAUUUUGAUUUUUUCGCUGCGAUAGCCUGUUGCUGUUGUUGCCGUAGUCGCUGCCUGGGGUUUGUUUCUGUUUUUUGUCGCGUCGCCUUGCCGUAGUUCUAUUGGCAGGUCUUGCGCCCUCCUGGUUGUAGUCCUCCCAAAAUCGGUGGCGGCUCCGUUGCUUCACGCUUCGGAUUUUUUACCAGCACCUCUCUCUGUCGGUUUCUGUCUGUUGAGACUUGUAGUAUCACGCCUUGAUGACGAAGAAUUAACACCCCUUGUUCUCGUCCACGCUAUGGCUAUGGUUUCUGCCAUGCGGUAGAAGGUUUCCUGUGGGAGGGUGGCCCACAAGCCGGGGGGGAGAAUAAACGGGGAUCGGUUCGAUUGUACUCGAUUCCUCCUGUAUUUAUCUUGGUCUUUGCCGAAGCUUCGCGCCGUCUGUUCUGUACUUUUUGACGCGGUGCACAAUGACUUCUACGGGGUUUUCCAUUGGUUUUGAUCGCUUAUUGCUUUUCUGAUGGUAGCACGCCUUUUUUCUCCGGAAACGGGAUUGGGGGAGCAGAACAAAGGCAUCGUAUCGAGAACCGUCCACCCCACCCAGUGUCAAGCUGGGCGCACUCUGUUGGAUAGAAGAGUUGCACUUGAUCGGUUGUGAAGGGUAUGGUUGAUAUCACACAUUCGUGUUUUUUGCGUCUUUGUGCGUGAGCAAACUUUUAGAACAUGUGAGUAAGGACAGGAAGGGGGCCCCGGGGGUGUGGUGUAGGUACUCGCGGUUGUGCGUUAGACGCUUGGCACGCGAGGCAGCCUCACUUGCUUGUGUUUUUUUUAGCUUUUACGUUUGCAACAGAGAGUGCUAGGCGCUACAAUAGGGAUGAUCGGCCGCUCUGAAGUCUACUUCUUCACCGAAAGGAUAGUUGAGAAAUUUCUCCGAAGACUCCUCGUUAGUGGCAUGGUCAUGCCCCCCCCAGGCCGAUUCCCCAUCCCGUGCUGCUGCUUUCGGCUCAACAGGGAAACCGGUGGGGUGGGGGUUACCCUUUUUAGAUGUCAACUUUUCCGCGUUCCGUGCUGCUUUCGUGUUUGAGCAUUCCGAUGGAGUCCUUCUUUGUCUUCGCGGAUGGGUGGCCACACGAGGCACAUGCCGGCCACCUCUCUCUCCUCUCUCCUCUCUCCUCUCUAGAACGAACGAUAAGUAAGGCGCCUAUGCUCUUGCGAGAUAAGCGCCCACCGCAGGAAAUGUCCUUGUUACUGCUGUACACCUCGGAAAACGUAGAAAAAGAGUAAACAGUUGCGCACACGACAACAACAGCAGUAGUAUCCCUAUGGCCUGCUGUAGAACAACGUUUUCGGCGCGGAGUUCCCAUUGUACGUACCAGUGUGUGUAUUUGGGAUGGUAUCUAAAUUGGCUGGCGUGGGCUAAGGACGAGAGGGUUGUCGAUCAUGUACAUGAUGGGUGUUCGGCCGAUACUGUAGAUGCCCCGUCCUUGCCGCUAGCCUUUUGGGCGUUGAAUAUGGUGUUUGUUCAGCGUUGGCAUGAGCGAACGCACGUGCCACAGGUGGUGCCUGUGUCUCUGUCGCGUUGUCUAGUUGUCCUUAGUGGCAGGGUACUUGAUACUUGCGAUGAUAUUUUGGAUUCUUAAGAACGUAGGGCAUGGUAGAGAGAGGGAGGGAGAGAGGAUCGUAUGUAUGUGUGGCCCUUCCACGCCUGCCUACCCGCAGCGGCAACAGCAUCUAGAAAUUUGCUGUGGCCAACCAUCCCCCCCCCCCCCCUCUUUUGCAGUUAGUUUUAGAUGGCGAUUAUUCGGCGGGUUUGUCUGUACGGUGGGCGCAGCAAAUGGUGGUGUGCUCAAUUCUGUUGUACACAGCAGUGGGUGUUUCUGGCGGGCAAGGCUCGAGGAGGCUUCGCUUGACGAGAUAUCCAUCCAUGUUUUUUCUGGUUGAUAUCACAUCGAUCGUUCGGUGAAAGCCCGAAGCAGGCUGCCUGAGCGCUGCUGCUACUA